AUGGGUUUAAGUUUUUCCAAGUUAUUUAGUGAACUCUUUGGCAAGAAAGAGAUGCGUAUUCUUAUGGUAGGCCUUGAUGCUGCCGGUAAGACUACCAUCUUGUAUAAGCUCAAGUUGGGUGAAAUUGUCACUACCAUUCCCACUAUUGGUUUUAAUGUGGAAACGGUUGAAUACAAGAACAUCUCAUUUACUGUUUGGGAUGUUGGAGGACAAGACAAGAUUCGUCCUCUUUGGAGACACUACUUCCAAAACACCCAAGGUAUCAUUUUCGUGGUUGACUCCAAUGACCGUGACCGUAUCUCAGAAGCUCGUGAUGAACUUCAACGCAUGUUGAAUGAAGAUGAACUUCGUGAUGCUCUCUUGCUUGUCUUUGCUAACAAGCAAGAUCUUCCUAACGCUAUGAAUGCUGCUGAAAUCACGGAUAAGCUUGGUCUUCAUUCACUUCGUAACAGACGUUGGUACAUUCAAACCACAUGUGCUACUUCAGGUGAUGGUCUUUAUGAAGGUUUAGAAUGGUUGUCCAACAAUUUGAAGAGAGGAGCAUAA